AUGACACACUCUAACUCCGCAUUCGAUCUGGAGAAGUGUGCCCGGCCAAACAUUCUACAUUUGCAACCAUACAGAUGUGCGAGAGAUGAUUACAAAGAUGACGGGACAAAUGUCCUCCUCGACGCGAACGAGAACGCAUAUGGCCCUGGGCUCGCUUUGAACAAAGCUGGAGGUGUUUUACAGCAGGCUAUGGAUGGGACACCAGUGCGGUCACUAGAUUUUGAUCUGCGUGGAUUGAACAGAUACCCAGAUCCACACCAAUCUACAUUAAAGCAGCUUCUAUGCAACCUCCGCAAUGCCAAGCUUCAUACAACAAAGACUCUCACCCCGGAGAAUCUAUUUGUAGGAGUUGGAUCUGAUGAAGCGAUCGAUGCGUUGCUGCGCUGUUUUUGCGCUCCAGGCAAGGACAAGAUUCUUACAUGCCCGCCAACCUACGGCAUGUAUGCCGUAUCGGCACAAGUCAAUGAUGUCUCCAUUGUGAAUGUGCCCUUGAUAGCAUCAGAAAACUUUGCACUGGAUGUCCAAGGCAUUAAACAGGCAUUAUCCGAAGAUUCAACCAUCAAGCUCGUAUAUUUAUGUACUCCAGGCAACCCUACCGGCGCAACUCUACCGAAGUCCGCAAUCAUGGAAAUUGUCCAUCAUCCCACUUGGAACGGCAUAGUAGUCCUCGACGAAGCGUACAUUGAUUUCUCUCCACCAGAAGCUUCUCUAGCAGAAUGGGUUCUCGAAGUUCCUAAUCUUGUUGUAAUGCAGACGCUGAGCAAAGCGUUCGGCCUCGCUGGCAUACGGCUCGGUGCUGCAUUCACCUCCACUCCCAUUGCGCGCCUUCUGAACUCUCUGAAAGCUCCCUACAACAUUUCCAGUCCAACCUCGCAGAUAGCUACAGCUGCGCUCAGUCCCGAGCAUCUGCAAGUCAUGCAAGAGAACAGAGAGAAGAUCAUGAUCCAGAGAGAGCGGCUAUUGAGAGAGAUGCCAAAAAUCGCUGGUGUCGGCCGGUUUCUUGGGGGGACAGACGCAAAUUUUCUUCUUGUCGAAAUGCUAGAUGGGCCAGAAGGGAAGCCCUCAAACGUCACGGCACAAGGCGUUUAUGAAGCCCUGGCGGAGCAGAAAGGUGUGGUUGUUCGUUUCAGAGGAAAGGAGCACGGGUGCACAGGUGCAUUGAGAAUCACGGUUGGGACUGAGCAAGAGGUGGACCGGUUUCUAGUGGAGUUGAAAAGUGUCCUGAGCAGCAUUCACAACACCGGAAGCAAAGUCAGUGGCGAUCAAGAAGAGAAAGAGCAAGCUGCCAAUGAUGUGGUAGCUUAG